AUGUUUGCGUUGUUGUGCUUAGCUUGCUGUGUUGGACGGAGAACGCUAUUCUUUGGUGUGAAAGGUCAAUUUCUUCGGGCUAGAUUGCUGCCUAUUUCGCUGCAUAAGUUGUCUAUUCUUUGGCGUGGAAGUACUCCAAACUCUGCGGAAACAAACAGCACUGAUCAACAGACUGCUAUUGGGUCUUCGAAUAUUUCUAUUACACCUGAGGAACCUACAGAAAUUCAAAUUGAAAAUGGUGGGACGCGAAGAGUUCGAGGGCGUACGCUACUGAGGGGUUUAUACGAGCUAGAUCCAGCCGAGCGUGUCAAAGUAUGCAGUAAUAGCUUUGGUCAGCCUAUUGGAUCAGAAGCUCGUCUUUUAGCAGGAUACUUGGGCAUUCUAGCACGGAAUGCAAAUAUGUUGCCAAUUAACUUCGAGACAUGGCGACAAAUGCCCGAUAGUAACAAGAACCAAGCUCUUGAUAACGUUAAGGCGAUAUUUGCUCUAGAGGUCUCCGAUGCUUAUGUAAAAAAGGCAUUGGGAAAAAGAUGGAGAGACCAUAAGAGCACAUUAAAGAAAGACUAUUUUAAGACAAAAACAACCCUGGACGAGAGAUUACAAAAUGUCCCACCGGGAAUGCUGAGGUAUCAGUGGGAAGAGGUCGUUAGAUUUUGGACUUCGAAGAAAGGAGAGGUAUGUGUUACUAAAACAAUCUUGAUUUUGGUUUAUAUUAUUUAUUAAUCAACGUACUAAUAAUUUCAUAACGUAGGAUCGUGAACGAGUUGGAAAAUGUAGUAGGCAGAAACAGAAAUUCACUCACACAGCUGGGUCCAAAAGUUUUGCUUGUGUAGCUCACUUUGAGGAACUGUCGUCCGGUCAGAAAGUUGGACGCCUUCAACUUUUUGACAUUACACAUAGGCAGAAAGAUGGGAACCCUAUGACUC